UUAAGUUCCCAACCUCCAUCCCUUCUCCAAAGCCUCUGUAGCCAUUUCAGAGAGAGAGAGAGAGAGAGAGAGAGAGAGUAAACAAGAUUCAAGAAAAACAAAUACAGAGAUUCCCUCUGUUACUGUCUUGAUGGAGAAGCACAGGUGCAAGCUCUGUUUGAAGAGUUUCGUAAAUGGCAGAGCUCUUGGAGGCCAUAUGAAGUCCCACAUAGUCGCAUCUCUGCCGACUCGGAGGAGACUCCGCGAGUCGCAUCACGAGUCGUCGGCGUCCUCCUCGUCUUCCUCUUUCGGUGACCCAGACGGUAAAUCUCCGAGCUAUAAGUUGCGAGAGAAUCCGAGAAAGAGCUUCCGGGUCGCGGAUCCCGCGGUUUCAUUCGCGAAUCUUGAUUCCAGACUGUCAUCCGUCGUCAACGCGGAAGAGAACGAACCCGAACCCGGAAACCCGGUUCAGAAACGAGUCCGGAAAUUGGGCGUUGAAACCAGGAGACGUAGGUCGAAGAAAACAGAGAAGAAGACGACGAUAAAGACGGGUCGAAACGCAGAGGAGCCGAAAAGGAAGAAAAAGAAAGAGGAGGACGUGGAGAAGGGUCAGAACUCGAACGAUUCGACGACCGAGUCGCCGGAGCCGGCGAGUUCUGUAUCCGACCCUUCGCCGGAGGAGGAUUUAGCCAUGUGCUUGAUAAUGCUGUCGAGAGAUGCAAGAAAGCUCGACGCGAAACUGAAAAAACUCGCUUUUGAUAAACCAGAGGAGACAGAAGAAGGGAAGAAGCCGGGAAAAAGACGGAGCUCGAAGCUCCGCCGCUGUCUGCUAGAUCUGAACAUGCCUCCGCCGGCGGAAGACGACGAAGCUUGCAGCGUAGUGUCAGCCAUGUUGUCGGAAGAACAGUUGCUUUGAGUGGUUAGAUGCUAUCAUGCUAAUCAGAUGGAACUGAAAAAGAGAAUUCUUUUAUUAGAUGUUGGAUUUUGCUUCAUAUCUCUAACACCGUUGUUUGAUCCAAGACCGAAAAAAAAAACCCAGGAACGAGAUCUGUUUGUGGUUUGAUGACCGGUGAAAUCCGAUGCUCUGUUCUAUUAUUAGUUUGUGGUGUUUUUAUUGCAAAGAUGCCUUCUUUUAAGACGCGAGUGAUAAUAAAUUGUCCAUCUUUUGGAUCUAGA